UCUCGGUUUUGAGCUGAUGCUCGAAAUUGGACCUUGUAACGAACGUGGAACUCGUCAACAGGGCGUGGCAGUGGGACUUUAUUGUUUAGAAAGCUACCUGUACGUGAGGGACACCUAAUCUGUUAACUAAAACAAUGGAUUCUAUUAUAUGGAUAAAUACGGAGGCAGCCCGACCAAUGGACGCAUGUUUUAAAGAUACUGUGAAUGUCUGGCAAUCAAAAACUACUAUUACUGGAUCUUAAGUGGACGAAGCUACCUAAAAUUCUUUAAGACGCUAGCAGUUUGAUGACUAAUUGGUGACCAAACGAUACUUGACGCAUCAUGUCGUCUGGAUCAAAAAGUGGAAGUUCUACUGAACGAACAACAGAUGGUAAACGGAGUGUUACGGAAGGAAGGCCCAACAAUGGUUCGCUAGGGUUAGGGCUAGGUCGACAAAAGUCGAAAGGCAGACUAUUUAAAAGCACCAAAUCAAGUCCGAUAGGAAACUGGACGUCUGUUAAAGCAAUAGGCGUCAAGAAAAGGGCGAAACCGUCACAAGCAAUCCAAGAGGAUAAAGAAUCUAAGGCAGAACCCGAAAGUGUCAUUGAUAUUGAAGUAGAAGAUAUCACAGUGUCCGCUUCUACAGAACAGGUAAAUAUCAGUGACAAAGACGGUGUGGAAAUAAACACUGAAGCUGACAAUAUCAAAAAUAAUAAUAUAGAAAAUGGAAAAGACAACCCUAAUGUAGUUGUUGAAAUAGAUAACGCUCAAUCAGAAGUUAAAACAGAGACUGUAACUCCUAAAAAGGACAGUUUAAACAAUAACGGACAAGAAGAUCCGAAAGUAAAACCAGUAACUUCAAAUGGAAUAUCACCAAUCUCUAAUGGAGCGCCACAAAGAAAGGAAAACCCCUUCUUUCGCGAGAAGUCAACAUUAGCGCCACCGAAAACGCCUAUAACGAAAAACGAAAGACUGGAUACGCCAGACAGCAAGAAAUCUCUCCCAAGACGAGAUUCGUCGAGACUUUCGCUGGAUGGGACUUCUCGUGUGUCUGUUGACGCAAAGUUGCAAACAGCUGGAGUAGUUUACCCAACAGAGGAAAAACCCCAGAAAUCAGUGUUCUCUAACAACGAUUCCUGGAUACGGUCCGCCAUUCCGUCACUGCCGCUAUGGUUUGCCAUUACCUGCCUUGUCCUCAACAUUUUAGUUCCUGGUUCCGGUACCAUACUUAGCGGCUGUUCAAUUCUGUGUUGUGGGAAGUCCAGAGUACAAGCCAAGGACGAUCAACUUACUGUAACUUUGUGUGUCAAUAUCAUGGUGGGCGUGGCCCAGUUGUUUACCGUCACCUUCUUGCUGGUCGGCUGGUUCUGGAGCUUGGCCUGGGGUCUCAAAAUGGUCUCCAUAGCUGUUGAAGCCCGCCACCUGAAGAAACAACAAAGAGAACGAGAGCUACAGGCAUUAGCACUCAGCGCAUUCGGCUCGCCAUCUCGGGUGCGGUCGUUGUUCUCCGGUGUUUAAGACUUCCCGUGAUUAUCCUUCGUGGAUAUUCGUUUUGCUCCGGAGACAUCUAUACACUUCAGUAUCUGUUGCUAGGCUUCGCUGAUUGGUACUACGACAUAUAAGAAACGUCAUUCCAUACGGUCUGUCAAACUGAUGCUGAUUGGUCAAUUGAUUUCAUACGGACUGUCAAACGGAUUCUGAUUGGUUGAUUCAUUCCGUACGGUCUGUCAAAAUGAUGCUGAUUGGUCAAUAUAUUCGAUGGUUUGAUUUAAACUUCAAGAGUCCAA